AUGAUAUUUUUCAAUAUACCACUUAGGUAUAAUAAAGCUAACAUGUCUAGAAAAACGUUGGAUUCGAAAAAUGACGAUCGAGUUCUUAUUGGACCAGUUUUUCAACCUGAUGAUCUUGUUCCAUCCACUGGGAUAGGUCCUGCAUUUCCCUCUGAUUUAUUCAAGCAGAAAUUCAAUAAAGAUUCGGAAUCAGUCAGUUAUAAAUCUUCGACUGACUUUGGAGGGAUUGAUACUAUCGGUCCUUUACUACCAGGACAAGAAAUAAGUGAAGAAUGGCGGCAUCUGAAAUCUGGUUAUUCGGGGGGUUUAAGCUGUGUAAUGGUGAAGAAUGAAAAACUUAAACGUGAUACAUGGAUGACGGAGUUAUUACCUAGAUCAAAUGAUCUUAAUUAUUUGAAAUCAUGUAAAUUUCGCCAAGAUAUAUCAACACCUCUUCAUGAUGCAUCAUGGUUCACUUCACCAAGUGAUGAUUCAAGACAUUUGUUAACUAGUAGUCAGGCAAAUCAAUCAAUAAAGGACACUCUAAAAUAUCAACGAAAUGUAGCAUACGAUCAGAAGAUGGCAAAGAUUGCUUCGGAUUGUCAAAUUUCAAAACAAAAGUCAAGUUUACUUGAAUUACAUGAGAAUAAACUCAAACACAGAUUAAAGAAAAAACGUGAGAAGAAAUCCAAGAAACAUAAGCAUAAAUCCAAGGAGCAUAAAAAAAAGCGUGAAAAGUCAUCAUCACCAUCUUCCUCACCACCUAGUAAAUCAAUAAGACGACCUUUUGAUCGUGAAAAGGAUCUUGAACGGUCCCGAGUUGAUACAGCUGCUCGAAAGGCGUUAAUUGAACAUUCCAAAAAGCUUUCUAGUCGUUUCAGUCAUGGUAGCCAACAGUAUUUAUAG